UUCAUAACAAAAAUGGAAAAGCGCGCAGAUUGCAUUCGUACCGAUGUAUAACAUAUGAAUUUGUAAUUUUUGCAUAAUUCUGCUGUAAUUUUCUCCAAUUUCAAUCAUAUAUGGCAAAUUAAUUGUUAUAAUCCUUAAAAAAUUUAUUUGCUUUUAAUUAUGGAUAUUCGGCGAUGGCUAACUUCACCGAAACCUACUAAAGUGGUUGCAUCAAAAUCUGAUAAAAAUUUCAAUGAGGAAAAAAAAGGAUAAAGAAACUAAGAUCUCAAAGUCAAAUAAAAAAAGAAGAAGGAUUGAAUCAGAUGAAGAUGAAGAUCCGAUACCACUUGAUAAAAAAGAAACAUCAAAAUCAGAUAAAAGAACCAAGAAGGAAGCUACUGAAAAAACAUCAAAUACAAAAGCUGUCUCUGUAUCUGAGUUCUUUGGUAAUGGACCUAUUAAAAGAGAAAGCAAAACACAUCAAGAAAAUAAGAAACUAAAAGAAAAUUGUGUUCAUGAAGAUCAUGAUUUUGAAGAAACUUUGAAGCAAUUAAAUCAAACAACUCAAAAGGAAACCAAAUCUCCUGCUAAAAUAAAAAGUGUGAAAAAGGAAACUAAAUCACCCAUCAAAGCAAGAAAUACUGAAAAGGAAAUUGAAUCUCCAGCCAAAGCAAAAAAAAUUGAAAUUGAAGUCCCAUCCAAGGCCAAACAAAAACAGACGAGAGAUUCUGGAAAAUUUCAAGAUGAUUCAAGACCAAAAAAGAAAUCUAAACCUUCUAGCUCUAUUGAAAUGGAAGUAAUUAAAAAUCCAAAAAAGAGUGUUACAGCAGUUGUAUCUGCAGAUAAAGACACUUCCCCAGCAGUGAAGAAGCCAAAACCAAAAGGUUCAGCAAAUUAUGCAAGUUACCUGAAUCGCGAAGGUCCGAAGGCUCUUGGCAGCAAAGAAAUACCUGAGGGAGAGGAAGCCUGUCUAGCUGGAUUAACAUUCAUAGUUACAGGUAUCUUAGAAUCGAUGGAACGUGAUGAAGCCAAGUCUUUAAUUGAAAAGUAUGGUGGUAAAGUAAUGUCCACUAUUUCCAAAAAUACAAAGUAUAUUGUAAUUGGCAGAGACGCUGGUGCAAGCAAGUUAGAUAAGGCUGAAAAGUUUGGAACAAAGCAGUUAGAUGAAGAUGGUUUACUUGAUUUGAUUCGAACAAUGCCAGGAAAAAAUGGAAAGAGUAAGCAAAAGAAUGUCAAGGAAGAAAAAUGUAGUACAAGUAGCACAGUCAGUAAACAAAAGAAUGCCAAAGAAGAAAAAUAUGAUACAAGUAGCACAGUAAGCAGACAUUUUUCUAAACAGAGUAAUAGCUCAGAAGUUGAGCUGAUGGAGGAAGAUGAUGAUCUGUUUGCAGAAGUUGCUGAACCAAAUGAGGAUGAAAUCAUUGGAGAUAACAAGAAGCUACCAGAACAGAAAAGAGAAUCUGAACAUGAUGUACCUGACUCCUUGCCUCAAACAAAAAGUCCUGAAAAAGUGAAAAAAGUUGGUGAAAAUCUCUCUAUGUGGGUUGAUAAGUAUAAACCUACUACUGUUAAGCAGAUCAUUGGCCAGCAAGGUGACAAAAGUAAUGCAAAGAAACUACUACAUUGGCUGUUGAAUUGGCAUAAAAAUCGUCGUCUAAAUAAAAAACCUAUGGCACCUGGUCGAUGGAAUGCUCAAGACGAUGGCUCUGGUUACAAAGCUGCCCUUUUGUCAGGACCUCCAGGUGUUGGAAAGACGACAACUGCCCAGUUAGUCUGUAAAGAAACUGGAUAUGAUUAUUUUGAAUUAAAUGCAUCUGACACAAGAUCCAAGAAAUAUUUACAACAAUCUGUUUCACAAUUGCUUGGAAAUCAAACGUUAGCAGAUUGUUUCAAAGAUUCAUCUGCUGGGAAGGUAUCUAGUAAUCAUGUCAUUGUAAUGGAUGAAGUUGAUGGCAUGGCUGGAAAUGAGGAUCGAGGCGGAAUGCGAGAACUAAUUGAUUUUAUUAAAGCCUCAAAAGUGCCAAUCAUUUGUAUAUGCAAUGACAGAAAUCAUACAAAAAUAAGAUCGUUGAGUAACUAUUGUUUUGAUUUAAGAUUUCAGAAGCCAAGAGUUGAGCAAAUCAAAGCAGCUAUGAUGUCUAUAGCAUUCAAAGAAGGCAUCAAAGUUCCACCUAAUGCAUUACAAGAUGUAAUUGUAGCUUCAAAUCAAGAUGUUCGGCAGGUUCUUCAUAAUAUGUCAAUGUGGAGUGCAAAAUCCAAAGGCCUCUCCCUUGAGCAAACUAAACAAGAUAUCGGUAGAGGUACUAAACAUAUAAAAAUGGGACCUUUUGAUGUACUUCGAGAUGUAUUUUCCAUUGGCAAUAAUCCUAAAGCAACUAUCAUGGAUAAAUCAGAUCUCUUUUUCCAUGAUUAUUCCAUUGCUCCUCUUUUCGUUCAAGAAAAUUAUCUUUAUGUAAUGCCAAAAGCAGCAGAAGGAGACAAAAAGAAACAUCUUAAUUUGUUAAGUCAAGCAGCCGAUAGCAUUUGUAUUGGAGAUGUGAUUGAUCGUCAAAUCAGAAACCAAAAUAGUUGGGGAUUAUUACCCACUCAGGCAAUAUUUGCUAGCGUUGUUCCUGGGGAUUUAUUAUGUGGAAAUUUGAGGCAAAUGAUAAAUUUCCCUGCUUGGCUUGGGAAAAAUUCUAACCGUAAUCAUAUGGAUCGCGUGCUACAGGAACUACAUGUUCACAUGAGGAUGAAAAUAACAGGAAAUAAAACUGAUGUCAAUCUUGAAUAUUUACCGCUACUGAAGCGUGCUCUUACUAAGCCUCUGAUAAACAGUGAACAAGAAGGCAUACCUGAUGUUUUAAAAACUAUGGAAUAUUACCACCUCUUACGAGAAGAUUUUGAUUCUGUUAUAGACUUGUCUUUGUGGCCUAAUCAGAUAGAUCCUAGAAGCAAAAUUAAUACAAAGGUAAAAGCUGCCUUUACUAGAACAUAUAAUAAAGAAUGUAGUAAAAAUCCAUAUGCUGUCACUAAUGUUAAAAAGAAAAAAGGAUCAGCUGCGAAUGCUGAUGAAAAUCUUGGAGAGGAAGAAAAUGCUCUUGAGUCAGAAGAAGAGGAGGAUGAUAAGUUAGAAAAUGAUGCUAUGAUCAAAGUAAAGAAACCAUCUAAGAAAGCAACUCAAUCUCAAAGUGAGGCUUCCACCUCUAAAGAGAGAAAGAAAAACUCUUCUAAGAAAGGAAAAACUAAGUAGCUGUGUGAUAUUUAAUGCCUUAUUUUAAAGUUUUACAAAUAUAACUGUACCAUAAUUGUUAUCAUACUGUUUUACGAAUAAAAAUAAAAGUAUUUUUU